AUGGCGCAGACCGAGCGCGCCAACCUCGACUUUGACAGCUUCGGCACGGCUACCAAACGGGCCGGGACGACGACGACGAUUACGAGCGACAGCAACCAUAACCACAACCGAGGGGGCGGUCGCCAGAACCGGCACUCGCUGCUGCCGUUUCGCCACAUCUCGAGCUCCUCCGACGAGGAUGGCGGCAGUCACCGGCACGGCGGACGCUUCCACCACAGCCUGAAGCUGCUCGACCGUACGGCCCGGACGCGCGGGCAAGGCAGCACCUGCAACGCCGGCGUCAAUGACGGAGGUCACGGCAGCUGGCGAGGCCAUGGCCAUGCCUGGAGCCAGACAUCGCAGGGCUCAGGCAGCGGCAGCGAUGCGCACUCGCCGUCCGACUCGGCGACAUCGUCUCCGGCCAUGACCAAGGAGGAAUUCGAGGCUCUGCCACUGACGAUACAAAGAAAGUGUGUCGAUGAUGCAGACAGAGCGUGGAAGCGUUGCGAGUGA